UCGAAAAGAAAAUCAGUGUAUCGUCCAUCCGUACAUCUCAAGCAUUUGAACUGUGUUGACGUAUGUAAACCACCAGAUUACCCUUAAAACCAUUUUGCAUCUAGUCUUCAUAUUUGCGCAGAUAGGCAACUAGUAAUUAAGCGAAAUUAACAGUAUCUCAAAGUUUCGGGGCAAAUCUAACUUACAGCAUACCUCAGAUAGAGCUAACCCAGCCAGAAACAUGCCAAGUGCAGUAUUUGUACAUAUAGAUAAACUUUUCCAAGAGCGCCUCUUAUUUGGACCGACCAACUAGCGGCGCACGCGGGCUCCACAUGCCUCGAGCUCCCGUCAUCUGCAGCCUGAGUGCACUCUGAGCGCGCACUCUCAGCACGCGCGUUCACUCCGCGGGGGAGGAGCGCGCGAGCCAAUGGCCACGGACAGUUGGCGCAGGCGGGCAUCCUCGUGAGCGCCGGUGCGGCGCGCGCCCAGCUUGCGGUCGCCAGUUCGCUGCGGGACGCACGGAGAGCGGCACAUCUUCCCUGGAAAAGUUAGCGAAGAUGCUUGACGGUGAGCUGCGGGGCGACGCCGGGCUUCGCUGGGCUGGUCUGCGUUGGGCUGGUCUGCGGGGUGAUGGAGCCGAAAUCUGUGUCUUAAUGUGAGUCCCGUUGCCCCGUGUGACCCACUAUGGUGUAUGGACAGGUCCUCCACGCUCGUGGUGAGCAGACGGGCUUUGUCAAUCUUAACGUGGGGGGCUACAAGCAGCAGGUGGACCCCAGCACUCUGCUCCGCUUCCCCCAAACCCGACUGGGCCGCCUUCUAGCCUGCCACUCUGAGGAGGCCAUCCUGGAGCUCUGCGAUGACUACAAUGUGGCCGAGAAGGAGUACUACUUUGACAGGAACCCACGCUUAUUCCUCUAUGUGCUCAACUUCUACCACACCGGCAAGAUGCAUCUGAUGGAGGAGCUCUGCGUCCUCUCCUUUAGCCAGGAGAUCGAGUACUGGGGCAUCAAGGAGCUCCACCUGGACUCCUGCUGCAGCAAUCGCUUCCACGAGCAGAAGGAGUAUGCCGAGGAGAACGACUGGGAGCGCAGGAGCGAUGAGCAGCAGCAUAGCCUUGACUCCUCUUUUGAGGAGCUCUCCCUCGUGGAUAAAGACCUUGAGAAGUUCGAGGGCUCCUGGUGCUCCGAGGUCCGGAAGAGCAUCUGGCUUCGGCUGGAGAACCCCGGCUAUUCAUGCUCGGCUAAGCUGCUCGCCGUGGCCUCCCUGUGCGUAGUCAUCACCUCCAUCAUAGCCAUGUGCGUCCAUAGCAUGCCUGAGUUCCAGCGGUUCGAUGCCAACGAGAAGGCAGUGGAGGACCCUGUGCUGGAGGUCUUUGAGAUCGUCUGCGUCCUCUGCUUCUCGGUGGAGUUCCUCGUGCGGCUGCUGGUGACACCUUGUCUGUGUAAGUUCCUGAGCAGUCCCCUCAACAUCAUCGACUUUGUGUCCGUCGUGCCCUUCUAUGCCACGCUGGCGUUCGACUCGGUGGACGAGGAUAGCGAGGAGAAUGCGGACCUGGAGAACGUUGGCAAGGUGGUGCAGGUGCUGAGGCUCAUGCGCAUCUUUCGCAUCCUCAAGUUGGCCAGGCACUCGGUGGGCCUGCGCUCCCUCGGCGCUACUCUCAGGCACAGCUACCACGAGGUGGGCCUGCUUGUGCUCUUCCUCUCCGUGGGCAUCUCUAUCUUCUCCGUCCUCAUCUACUUCGUAGAGAAGGAGGAGGAGGAGUCGGAGCUGCACAGCAUCCCCGUGGGUUGGUGGUGGGCGACCAUCAGCAUGACUACGGUCGGCUACGGGGACACCUACCCCGUGAGCCUCUGCGGCAAGAUUAUUGCGACAGUGUGCAUCAUCUGUGGUCUGCUGGUGGUCGCCCUGCCGAUCACCGUCAUCUUCAACAAGUUCUCCAAGUACUACCAAAGGCAGAAGUGCAUGGGCCAGGGGACCAGCCCGGUCCAGGGGCCGCCUCCCGACCUUCCGUACUUCAACAUCCGGGACUCGUUCGGGCAGGAGAUGCGCUCAUUUCUGAGCAGCGUCUCCUCACGGGGCAGCGGGACCGGCAGUGACGACGACACGGACGCUUCCGAAUUCGGAGACCUGGAGACCGUGUGCAGGUUCGAGAAUAGAUCGGGAUUCUCCAGCCACCCCUAAGGACCUCCUCCCAGCUAAAAGUGAUUAGCGCUUGCUCAGGGUGAUUAGCGUGUCCUCACGGUCUCUUCCAGGGCUCCGUCGACGGCCCGUCGCAUCCCGGGAGACCCGCUUUGGUUUGUACUCCUGACUGCUGUGUGUUUCAUUUGCUGCUUGAGGCUAAGAUGGGGAGUGCGUGUUUCUCCGAGGAGAAGCGGGCGGGCAUGAGGGUGAAUGGGCCGCACCUGUGCUGGUAACAAGAUUCCGAUAAUAGAGCACUAACAUAAUGGAGACACUGAGCUGUAUGAAGUGGCAUGACGUAUAUCUAAAGAUGCCGUCUGUGAUAGACGGGACUGCAUGUGACUCCCAGGGCUCGGUAUGGAAACACUGAUCCAAUAAAGUGUGACACACUGA